AUGCACCUGGAAGAGAGGCUAGCGGAGCGAGACACGGCUGGACCCAGUGCAAGGAGAUCCCUGGACGCUGCCAAUGGAGCGCAGCACUCGCAUCUUCGAAAGAGUUGCAGUGAAAUGGUUGAUGGUUCAGCUGAGGGGUAUGGCGGUCUGGGACGCAAUGGGCGGUCACCCUCUGGCACGGCUGGGCUUCAGAGAAAUCGACGAAUUGACCUAACCGAGUCGAAAGGAAGAAGAACAAGAAAUUCUAACAGACAAGCGACGACCACGUUUUGGGAGGGAAGCUCAAUGCAACCCAGGUCCAAGGGCAGAGAGGGAGAUAACAGCUUGGCCCAACACAGCACAGCACAGCACAUCAAACAAUAUCCAGCAGAUGACAUCGGUUGGGUCUGGACGGCAGCAGAACAAGCACGAGCAAGUUUGGCGGCAGGUAACAAAUGUCGGGGAGGAAAUUCGUCGAGGGCAAAUAAUAAGGAAGUGGUGAGGUUGUAA